AGGCACACUAGGAAGCUUAGAUGGUCGGCCAGUGCCAUUGAUAGUGUCCUGACCAUCAUGUAAGAUCAUAACGCCACAUGAUCGAUCGAUUAUCAUGUGAUCCGUGCUGCUUUUUGAUUUCAGAAUACCCAACAAAUUCUUGUCGUACGCGAUGACAGCCAAUUACAAUAUCCGAACGCAUCGUCCUGGUGACAUGGGGCUGAUAAUUCAUCAGCAUGCUACUCUGUAUAAACAGCUAGUUGGUUGGGAUCCGAGUUUCGAAGCCGACGUUGCUCGCACAACGCUUGAUUUCCUCGAUAACUUCGAUCCUAAUCUAGAGCGCGCGUUCAUAGUUGAGUCUGUGGGAACGUCCGAGUUUCUAGGUUCAGUCGCUGUUUUAAAACACAGGAAAGAGGCGAGCACAGCACAUUUGCGGUUCCUGCUUGUUGACCCAGCUGUGCGCGGGGUUGGGCUUGGCUCAAAGCUGAUUGAUGAGUGUGUACGCUUCGCACGAGAAUGCGGUUACGCCAAGAUUGUCUUGUGGACUUACAGCGCGCUUGGAGGGGCACGCAGGCUGUACGAGCGGGCGGGUUUUGUCGUCGCCUCAACUGAGGAGCAAGAAUGUUGGGGUGUAAGGAUGAAUUCUGAAACUUGGGAGCUCUCACUAUCGGAUACGGACGGACAAUCUACCGAGGGUUAUAGGGACAGCUGACAAAUUUACGAGCUCAGGAAGAUGGGCUUUUCUCCUGGAUUUUGUCCAUUGUAAGAGCCUACCUACACACCGAGCGUUUUCAACUCUCUUAGCUGCGUUGAAACCCCAACUUUGCACAACUUCAUGUGAUAUUCUAGUAUAUCGGUAACCAGCCUGAGUGACAUAUUUGAAGAACUGGGAGUGGAUCUUCGGAGGCCGAGGGUAGCUCAAGCUGCCUCCGAAUUUUCGGGGUGUGGCGGAGACAUCGGGCAUUUUCUGGGUUACAAAGUCUGGCUGUCUGUCCGGUUCAA